AUGCCAUACGUAACGACUCCCCUCAUCAGCCACGUCUUGCCUGGUCCCGAUGCACUAAGCAACGCUAGAGAAAUCAUUAAAGACAAACUGUACUUUACCUCGGUCUCGCAAACCCCGUCACAGCAUCCUUCCAUUCACUAUUUCUCUAUUGAUGAAACUCUGGUCUACAUUGCCUUCUACUCGGACUUUGGUCCAAACAAUCUGUCUCAUGUUAUUCGAUUUUGUGAUUUGGUUAAUGAAAAAUUCACCAAUCCUGCUACCUGCAACAAAAAGAUGUGUCUUUAUACCAGCAUGGACAGUGACAAGCGUGCAAAUGCUGCGUUUUUGAUGUGUUGUUAUAUGUUGAUUGUACAUCGUCAAUCCCCCGAUGAAGCAUUCCGACCCUUCCAAAACAUAAACCCUCCCUUCCUGCCAUACCGAGACGCAGGAUACGGAGCAGCAACAUACCACAUCACAGUUCUUGACUGUCUACGAGGCCUCUACAAGGCACUAAAUGUCGGCUUGUUGGAUUUAGAUGCACUCGAUCUCGACGCAUACGAAUUCUACGAAAAAGUAGAAAACGGAGACAUGAACUGGAUUUGUGACAAGUUCUGUGCAUUGGCUUCUCCUCACGAUGACCCUGUACUCCCUGGCGCAUACGCACCGGGCACACCAGGUGCAGCAAGUAAAAGCAACGUCGGACCUGCCGCCACAUACUCUGGAAUGCUUGCAAACGGUUUCCCAGCUGCUGUUGCCGGUAUCGUUGCACGAAGCGCAUAUAUGCCUGCUCCAUCUGACUUCCAGCUGCAGCAACAACAAGCUAUGGCUAUGGCCUCGCAAGUACUUGGAGCUAACGGCAAAAAGAGAUUGUACUCUGCCUUCAAGAUUGAUGAUUUGGUUCGAUACUUGAAGGAGAACAAGGUCACGUCGCUUGUGAGAUUGAAUAACAAGAUUUAUGAACGAAAGAUAUUUGUGGAUGCUGGUGUUGAGCAUGUCGAGUUGUAUUUCCCUGAUGGAACUACUCCUCCUGAUCAUAUCUUGAAGAGAUUCUUGGAGUUGUGUGAGCAACGACAAGGUGCAAUCGCAAUUCACUGCAAAGCAGGUCUGGGCAGAACAGGAACUCUCAUUGCUGCGUAUUUGAUGAAACACUACAGGUUCACUACUUCCGAAGUCAUCGGAUAUCUCCGUGUGAUGAGACCAGGCUCCGUUGUAGGACCACAACAGAACUUUUUACAAAGUCUACAGCCCAAACUAUUCAAAAUGACACCAUCAACCCGUCUUCCACAAUCCGUUUCAUUACUCCGAACCCCCAACUUUUACACUAUGCGUCGAUUCCCCAUACCGCCAGUCUUGGCCAACGUCAUGGUUCCACUCCCUCCCAAACAAUCACAAGAUUAUAUGGAGUCUCAAUUAUACGGCAGCAACACUGUGUCAACACCAAUGAGUCUCGACAGCGAUGAUGAAUCCGAUAUGGGAGAUGAAAUGUAUUUGGAUGCUCGUGAUGGUGAAGCCAGUCAACAGCAACAACAGAAUAUGGCUCGUGUUGGACAUUCUGAGGUUAUGGCUGUACCUUUGCAGCCCAGAAAGCCCGGUGUGAAUGGUGGACAAGCUGACGCUGCUGGCGAUGUGUCUGCUCCUACUACCAGAACAAGCAGCCUCGACUACAAACAAACCCAAUCCACCACCAGAUCAGGUUUUGCCUCUUCCGUAUCGUCAAUCGUAUCCAGUAUGUACGCCACAAACUCAACCACUAGCUCCGCCUCGUCGUUGUAUGGAGCCCAAACCACAACCACAAACAAGUAUACCAUGUCUGCUUCAACCACCACAACAACAAAUGCUGGUGCACGAUAUAACUUGCGUAGUGGUGAACAACAGCCACAAGUAAAUAUGGUCACCCAACAACCACAAGCGUCGGUCAAUACUGCUACUCCUCAGACCAAAUAUGGAGGAAUUGAUCAGCGUGUGUCGACACAGUUUGUGGUGCAGGGACGAUCUACUAGUGGUAGCAGUGCUAAGAAUUAG